AUGAAAAGACUCUUGAAGAUUGCUGAAUUUCGGGAUCCAACGCCAAAUGAUGUGAGCACAAGCACUUCUCUUGCGAAUAUCACUAAGGAGCACCUCGAAUACUUCUUCAACAUCUUCCGGAAUCUCGUCGAGCGACCCGUUGAGGAUGUCACGGUGAAUGCUGAAUUUGACAUAAUGAGCCGGGCUCAAUCUGAUGAUGAGAACAUCAAUAUCGAAGAUGUCCUCCCAUCACCGUCAGAUUCAGAGUCCUCCUCAGAUUGUGAGAACACAGAAAGAGCGCUUCCAUCACCGUCGCCAUCAGACGUCUCAAGUGAAAUUCUUGACGAAAUUUCAUCUGAAACAGAAGAGGAACAGUUCGAGGUCGAGCGUAUUAUUUCGCGAACGGUGAAUGCGGAAGGGAAAUACGUCUACCAUAUCAAAUGGGUUGGAUAUGAGACAUCGUCAGAUCCUGAGAAUUUCGUUGAUGAGGAGGACAUGCAUUGCCCGGAAUUGAUCAAAGAGUUCGAACAAAUGGAAUCCUUGAAGAAGAAACAGCGCGCGAAGAGGCUGGAGGAGCAAGCAAUGCGCGCAAGAAAGCGAAAACAGGAAGCGGAGCAAAGAGCAAAAGCGGCGCAUUGCCCGGAAUUGAUCAAAGAGUUCGAACAAAUGGAAUCCUUGAAGAAGAAACAGCGCGCGAAGAGGCUGGAGGAGCAAGCAAUGCGCGCAAGAAAGCGAAAACAGGAAGCGGAGCAAAGAGCAAAAGCGGCGUUCGCUUCAACAUCAAGAAGGAAUAGUACGGAGGAGGCACACCGUAAAAAAUCUUGCAAGGAAAUAAAUCUAUGCUCCAGUUCAGAUUCCUCUGAAGAAGAAGAAAUUCAGCCUAACGUCAGGCGUCGAACUGACAAGAAGAGUGCGGCCCCAUCUCGAAGUCCUGAUCAACAUUCGAAGAAGAAAAGUAAGCACAAAGCAAGUCCGAAGCUCAAAAAACGUAUUGAGUCGACAUCGACAUCCAGCGAAGAAGAAGAAGUAGUAACCCCGAUCACCGGAUGCGAAAUCAUUGAUACGAACAAAGUGCAUAUGGCGAAUACCGACCGAUUUGAGCUACGACAAUACUUUGUAGCUGCUAGUGGAUGUACAGAUCCGAAAAAGCUUGCGCUGCAUCUGCUGCUGCAGUUGCCCAAGGCACCUUAA